ACCAAGACAGCAGCCCGCACCCGCAGCGCUCUCGACUCUGUGACGCCGCCCGACAGGAGUCCUGCCGGCCGGCAAGUCCCGCCGCCGAGCGCAGCCAGACUCACAAGACAUGAGCGUCCCGACACGGCGCUGAGCAGUGCCAGCGAUGUCGCGGCGCGGGGCCCCGGGCCCCUACUUAGGGCUGCUGCUGGCGCUGCUGGUGGCGCUGGGCGAGCUGCCGCAGGUGCGGUGCUCUGAGCAGGAGCCUGGCGGCGCGCACGGCUCAAACCAGGGCUUCCAGGUGGUUACCUUCAAAUGGGACCACGUUCAGGACCCGUUCAUCAUCGCUCUCUGGAUCCUCGUGGCCAGCUUGGCCAAGAUCGCCGAGAACUGCUCACCGCCCCCAGCCCUGCAAUGUCAUGGAGCGCGAGGACCCUCCAGGGCAUCCCACACCCUGGACCCGGCCUGGUCUGUCACUACCUCUGAGAGGACUCAUGGUGGCCUUGUCCAAGGGCAGGCUGCUAUCCCCUCAGCCUCAGCCUCCACAGCGGGGACAUGGCCAGCAGCCAUAUCUUUCCCAGGUGUGGCUGUGAGGGUGACCCAAGCAGGCUUCCACCUGUCCCACAAGGUCACCAAUGUGGUCCCUGAGAGCGCACUGCUCAUCGUGCUGGGCCUGGUCCUGGGCGGAAUCGUCUGGGCAGCCAACCACACCGCCUCCUUCACGCUCACGCCCACCGUCUUCUUCUUCUAUCUGCUGCCGCCCAUCGUGCUGGACGCUGGCUACUUCAUGCCCAACCGGCUAUUCUUUGGCAACCUGGGCACCAUCCUGCUGUACGCCGUCAUCGGCACCGUGUGGAACGCGGCCACCACAGGCCUGUCCCUCUAUGGCGUCUUCCUCAGCGGCCUGAUGGGAGAUCUGGACAUUGGGCUGCUGGACUUCCUCCUGUUUGGCAGCCUGAUUGCGGCAGUGGACCCAGUGGCCGUCCUGGCGGUGUUUGAAGAGGUCCAUGUCAACGAGGUCCUGUUCAUCAUCGUCUUUGGGGAGUCUCUGCUGAACGACGCGGUCACUGUGGUCCUAUACAAUGUGUUUGAAUCUUUCGUGACGCUGGGUGGUGACAAGGUGACUGGUGUGGACUGCGUGAAAGGCAUAGUGUCCUUCUUCGUGGUGAGCCUGGGGGGCACGCUGGUGGGGGUCAUGUUCGCCUUCCUGCUCUCCCUGGUGACACGCUUCACCAAGCACGUGCGCAUCAUCGAGCCCGGCUUUGUGUUCGUCAUCUCCUACCUGUCCUACCUCACCUCCGAGAUGCUGUCCCUGUCGGCCAUCCUGGCCAUCACCUUCUGCGGCAUCUGCUGCCAGAAGUACGUGAAGGCCAACAUCUCGGAGCAGUCCUCCACCACCGUGCGCUACACCAUGAAGAUGCUGGCGAGCGGGGCCGAGACCAUCAUCUUUAUGUUCCUGGGGAUCUCGGCCGUGAACCCCUGCAUCUGGAGGUGGAACACGGCCUUCGUGCUCCUCACACUGGUCUUCAUCUCCGUGUACCGGGCCAUUGGUGUCGUCCUGCAGACCUGGGUCCUGAACCGCUACCGCAUGGUGCAGCUGGAGGCCAUAGACCAAGUGGUCAUGUCCUACGGUGGUCUGCGUGGGGCCGUGGCCUUCGCCCUCGUCGUCCUUCUGGACGAGAAAAAGGUCAAGGAGAAGAACCUGUUUGUCAGCACCACCAUCAUCGUCAUCUACUUCACUGUCAUCUUCCAGGGCCUGACCAUCAAGCCCCUGGUGCAGUGGCUAAAGGUGAAGAGGAGUGAACACCGAGAUCCCAAACUCAACGAGAAGCUCCAUGGCAGGGCUUUCGACCACAUCCUGUCAGCCAUCGAGGACAUAUCAGGGCAAAUUGGACACAAUUAUCUCAGAGAUAAGUGGUCCAAUUUUGAUAGAAAAUUCCUCAGCAAAAUCCUUAUGAGAAGGUCGGCCCAAAAAUCACGCGACAGAAUUCUUAAUGUUUUCCAUGAGCUCAACUUGAAGGACGCCAUCAGCUAUGUGGCCGAGGGAGAGCGUCGGGGGUCCCUGGCCUUCAUCCGCUCCCCCAGCACGGACAACGUGGUCAACGUGGAUUUCAACACGCCACGCCCCUCCACCGUGGAGGCCUCCGUGUCCUACCUGCUGAGGGAGAGUGCCAGCGCCGUGUGCCUGGACAUGCAGUCCUUGGAGCAGAGGAGGAGGAGUAUCCGCGACUCAGAGGACAUGGUCACCCACCACACACUGCAGCAGUACCUGUACAAGCCGCGGCAGGAGUACAAGCACCUGUACAGUCGACACGAGUUGACUCCGGAGGACGACGAGAAGCAGGACAAGGAGAUCUUCCACAGGACCAUGCGGAAGCGGCUGGAGUCCUUCAAGUCUGCCAAGCUGGGCUUCAACCAGAACAAGAAGGCGGCCAAACUGUACAAGCGGGAGCGCGCCCAGAAGCGGAGGAACAGCAGCAUCCCCAACGGGAAACUGCCCAUGGACAGCCCCUCGCACAACUUCACCAUUCAGGAGAAAGACUUGGAACUUUCUGACCCAGAGGAGGCCCCUGACUAUGGUGCUGAGGAAAUGAGUGGGGGCAUCGAGUUCCUGGCAAAUGUCACCAGGAAUGAAACAACGGACUCCCCCUCAGGAAUUGACAACCCCGUGUUCUCCCCGGAUGAGGACCCGAGCAUCUUGUCCAGGGUGCCGCCCUGGCUGUCCCCCGGGGAGACGGUGGUGCCCUCCCAGAGGGCCCGUGUGCAGAUCCCCCACUCUCCCGGCAACUUCCACCGCCUGGCUCCCUUCCGCCUCAGCAGCAAGUCAGUGGAUUCCCUCCAGCUGGCCGAAGGCCCCAAGGAGCAGCCCCACAGCUCCCCGCCCGAGUCCACACACAUGUAACCGGCUGCCCCUCCCUGAGCCCUAACACCUGCUCUCUCCGCAGCUCCUCUCCCAGGCGUCGGCCUUUCUCGGCCCUGGACCUGAGCUUCUGCACUUUCUCCAGCAGCUGCUUUCCUCCUGCUAAGCCUGUUCCCACAAGCCUCUUGUUCUGGGCAUUUCUUAGGGGACCGUCUGAGUCUCCACUUCUCCAGCUGGGAUGUUAGGGGAUCUGACUGUUUUAGCUUUGAUUAGAAUUUACUGUCAGUUGAUCACUAACUACUUUAGGUGUUUAAUGCUUAUGGCCAGUCAAUGAAACUAAGUCACGAGCUCAGAGGGGACUGGGUACUGGCAGGUCAGGGGUGCUGUGUGGAAAAGGAACAUCUUUUUCUCCCUUAAGGCCCCAGGGCCCUGGGAAAAGCCCACAUGACAGAAGUGAGUCCCGGAGAAAAGCAGCAGGUCCCUUUUACCCUCAUACAGAGAGGAGUUCAGGGGAAAGGUGCAGAGAGGGGUCCCCAAGGGCUGGGAAGAGAAGGGGUGCCCACCAGCCAGCUGCCCAGCACCCUUGCUGCAGGCCCUUUGGGACCAGGAGAGGUGGGGAGAAGUUACCGCCAGGGUGGUGGGCAAGCCCCAUUCCACGAGCUGCAGGGGUGUUCUUGCUGGCUCCCAGGAGGUGCUGCCUCCACUACGCCUUCCACAGGAAAGGGGGUUCAGUCCCCUCGGGCAGGGUUUGGGGCUUAUUUCACAUGUCCCUUGAGUGACUGUUGGGCAUGUGGGAGGAAAGGGAAAACAGGCCUUCCCCCAGCAUAGGUCAGGCAGGCUCACAGGGGUUUCACGGUCCACCUGAAGCAGGAACACCUGUUUUUCUCUCCUGAGAACAUGGAGGGGGCAGUUAUCUAGGAGGGGGACCAAGUCGUACUGGCCUUGUAGGCACAGUGGUUUCUUGGUACACGAGCUGGGCUUUCUCCUGGACGUUUCUGGGACUACAAGUGACGGUGCACAGGGCCGCGUCUCAGGAGGUCCCACUGCCGGUCCUAUCAGGGAGCUUGUGGGCAGGAUCCAGCGUGCUUCUCUGCCUCCUUCUGGCUUCCUCCCUCCUGAGGUCUCCGCCUUGGAACCCCUGGGUCUUAGAGAAGGGCGCUGCACUGGGGCGGGAAAAGGAGACACCUUUCAAGGGUCUGGAGAGUCAGGCCCUCUGCUGACCCCAUCACUUGGGUCAUAGCCAGGGUGUGGCCUCCAAGUAUCCCAGAACAUUGCAGGUGGUGGGGGUGGGCCCCAGGCUGGGUCUGUGGGGACCCUCCUGUGUCCCCAAGUGCCCCGCGCUCACG